UCGUUGCCGCCGGAUUGGGCGACGUUGUCAAUACGAUUGACAUUUUGAGCCGGGGCCGCUUGGCCGGAAUGUGAUAUGUGCUCCCCGGACACUUGCCGCUAACGGCCAUCUCCUGCAGCAUUUCAUACACACGUAGCGGCUUCUCUGCUUGUCUCGGAUCGUGCUAUACCUGAUUGCUAGACGACGACGCCCCGUUCAGCAACGAGGCGCCUCGCAUCUCCUGCGAUGACCACCACCGACGACAACACACAUCCAGAAGCCUCUGGGUCGCGAGAUGCGAACGCAGACGGGAAGCAGCUACUGCAGAUCGAAGGUGCAGCGAACGAGCAUGGCAAGUCUUCGUCUCUGGCGCCUUCGCCGGCCUCCUCCAGUGGGAAGAGGGGACGAUCGCGAACACGCGCAACACUAGGUGCUCGGCAGUCGGACGAGGAUCUCCGGCGGAGAGGCUAUCAUACCCUCAUGUCGUCCUUUGGCAAGGCGUUCCAUGUUGAGAAACGCUGGAAGCUCAUCCGCGAGAUGGGCUCCGGCGCAUACGGCUAUGUCAUCUCCGCCGCGGACCAGAUAUCGGGAGAGCCAGUCGCGAUCAAGAUGGUUGCCCGUGCGACGGAGAAACUCCAGCUUGCAAAAAGGGCUCUGCGAGAGAUUACGCUACUGCGGCACUUCAACCACGAGAAUAUCACCGGUCUUAUAGACGUUGACUGUACUUCUGAUCUCAGCGAAAUCUAUAUCUUUAUGGAGCCUAUGGAAGCCGAUCUGCACCAGAUCAUCAAGUCGGGCCAAGCAUUGAGCAACGAGCACGUGCAGUACUUUGUAUACCAGAUCCUGCGAGGCAUGAAGUAUGUGCACUCGGCUUCGGUGGUCCACCGCGAUCUCAAGCCGGGAAACUUGCUCGUGAAUGCCGAUUGUGAACUGAAGAUCUGCGACUUUGGUCUGAGCCGAGGUUUCAAUUCAAAAUCGGACGACAACCCGACGAUGAUGACUGAGUACGUCGCGACGCGAUGGUAUCGUGCGCCGGAGAUCAUGCUGGCAUACAAGGAAUAUAACACCGCGAUCGAUGUGUGGUCGAUAGGGUGCAUCCUUGCGGAACUCAUGCUAGGCAAGCCCUUGUUUAAGGGAAAGGACUAUGUGGAUCAGCUGAACAAAAUUCUGGAUGUACUUGGUACACCUGAUGACGAGGUGAUUAGGCGGGUUGCCAGCCAGAAGGCCGCUGCCUACGUUCGAUCAUUGCCGAUAAGAAAGGCGGUCUCAUUCUCGAAAGUCUUGCCGGUUGCCGACCUGCAAGCGACCGACCUUCUGACCAAGAUCUUGGCUUUCGAUCCCGCGUCUCGUUUCUCCGUCGUUGAGGCGCUCGAGCACCCUUGGCUGGCAUCCUAUCACGACGUCAAUGACGAGCCGGAAUGCCCGGAGCCGUUUAAGCGGUGGCACACGCUGGAGGCACUCGAGACGCUCGAGCAGUACAAGGAGACACUUUGGGAUGAGAUCCAGGAUUAUCGCCGGGAGGUGCGGAGUGUCGCUGCUACUGAAGGCGAGCACUCCGCCAGCGGACGCGGUUCACCAACGAGUGAGAUCCGGCGCGGACUAGAGGAGAUCCGUGAGAUGGCGGAGAACAUGCCGCGCCCGUCCGACUCCGUGUUCCUCGCGUCGCCGGACAUGGGCGCGCAGGUGCCGGAGCGGCCGCUCAGCUUCGAUGAGCGGCUUGCGGAGCAAUCGCAGGAGGAGACGGUGCCUGCGUCUGCGGCAGACGAGUCCACCCUGGCUGAUUUGCCUGCAGGGCGGAUCACAGACCCAGUGGUGCGGUACUCACGGCGCGCGAGCACGUUCAUCCCUUCGCGCACGCACUCGCUCUUCGCUGGCCACACUGGCACGAACAUCUGGCAGCAGCGGACGCACACGCCCAGCUCCAACGAGCAACCCGAGUCGAGCUCGGUCGCGUUCCCAACGCAGGACUACGUCAUUCCUGGGCGCUCGCGGACAUCGUCCGAGAUAGGUGGCGAGGGGCGCAAGCUGCUGCGGACGCUGUCAACGGUGUCGAUUUACGAGAGCGGCAAGGGGCUCGCGGGUGGCCUGGCGGACAUUGCGCCGAUAGGGAAGUACAUCGUAGAGCAGGACGAGGCGCUGCCGUCCGAGAUGCCGCGUGAGCUCGAGUCACCGCCAAAGGUAGAGCAGGCGCAGUGAAGAGUGAGCGCAGUUAGAUACAUCGAGUGCACGGAAAGGAUGGUAGAAUACGGAUUGGAGAGAUAAUAUGCGAUGCGUCCCUGGGUAACGAUCGUAGAUGAUCUAGAUGUACGAUAACGUCCACAGCUGA